UGGCCCAAGUUCUGGCUGCAGCAUCAGUCAAUUAGCUGCCUUCAUCUAGUUUCCAAUAGAGAUUCUCAGAUCAUGUUCAAGCUGCGCCUGAGCCUUUUCGCCUUUGCGGCCAUCUGGCUGUCUGCCGCUGGGGCUGCUACGCUGGAAUGGCCCGCCAAUCUGGUGGCUCUGAGCACCAGCAAAUCCUCGUCGCAGCCUGUGCCGCUGGCCAUUAGCGAGGAGUCCGCCGAGUUGGUCAGCGAGAACAGCGCCUCCUCGGCGGAGCCGGAGCCGGAGCAAGCCUCAGCUGAAGCGUCCGCCAGCAACGCUAUAGCCGAAGCCGCCGACGCUCGUCUGGUCACUGCGGUGCCUGUCUCCGUGCCACUACCACUAAUUGUCGCCGCUCGGUCGGGUCUGCGCAGCGUGCUGACCAUACAGGAGCCCACGGUAGCCAAGCUGGGUGAGCUGGUGGAGCAUGUGCCCACAGCGGUGUCGCAUCAGAGUCAGACGGUUGUGCACGAUCAUCGACGCCUCGUCACGCCCAUUGUGGGACCAGCGGUGCGCACCACCCAGCUGGUGCGUCAGCAGCAACCCCUGAUCUGGACCAUCUCCGCUGAUCCUCGCGUGGUGCUGCUCCAGCAGUAGAUCCCGAAAAAAGCCAACUUAACGAGCAACAAGAUGAAACCAAAGAGAAAACAACGACAAAAUUCUGCUUCUUCUUCUAGUUAACACGUCUAUCUAUCUCUUUCUAUCUAUCUUCUCUGCCUCUGACACUUUACCUGCCAUUUUCAAUGCUCUUUCUGUCUAUCUGUCUCUCUACUUUUACAUCUAUUUACUAUUUGUUUGGAAUAAAGAAUUCGCAUUUGCAA